AUGGCAGCUUAUCACUGUAAAGACUGUGAUUUUAAGACGGAAGAGACGCUUGUGUUUGAACAACACAUUAAUGAAAAUCACAGCCCUAAGAGAGAAUCUAGAGAGAAAACUUCUAGUGAGGAAACAUCUAGUGAAGGUUCCAACAUCGAAAAUUACGUUGGCGCAACAUAUUGCUAUGAGCCAAAUCUGUCGUUAAAGUCGUUUCAGCAUACUUCAGCAUGCACGGGAACGAAAGAAAAUCUUCAAAGUGUGAGUUAUUUGAAAGAGAGUACCACACACAAUUCCGACUUCAAGCAAACUGACGAAACACCUUUGUAUUACUGCGCUGAAUGUUCCUACAAUACUAAACGCAAGAAAUCGUUAAAGCAUCACACUAAAAAAAUGCAUCCGAUCAAACGGUAUGCAUGCGAUAAGUGCCCGUAUAAAUGUAAACGUAAAUUGGAUUUACAAGGCCACAUAAAAAGAAAACAUUUAGGUGGUGAGAGGUACAAGUGCCAAAAAUGUUCAUUCAAGACUAAAGCAAAAGCGUAUUUAAGACAACACAUAAACAACAUACACUUGACCGACGAAGACGUUAAACGGUACAAAUGCAAUCAGUGUCCUUUCCGAACUAAGCGUGCAGAAACUUUAAAAAACCACGUAAUUGUCAAACAUGUAGACGAAGCAAACAUUAAAUGGCACGAAUGUGGAAGCUGUCCAUACAAAACUAAAAUAAAAAAAACUUUAAGAAGGCAUGAAAAGAUCCAUUCGAAAAUCAAAUAA